AUGUCGACGGCGUCGCGAUCCUCAUACCAUCCGAAUCGCCGGGUCGGUAGUAUACAAAGCCAGGACGAUCAUCACCGGAGUCGCUCGUUGUCGUCGAGAGCCCGCGCGGCCACCGUCAGUUACGAUGAUGCAUACUCUUACGCCCUCCGUGUCGCCUUCCUACGAUACCUCCUCCAGCCCAGGAAGAAGAGAAAGGAAUAUGUCAAUGCACCGAAGGUCAAGGCUCCGCCGCGCGCCCACACGUCCAGCGUUGCCGAGCUAGUCAAAGAGCUGGUGCCCUCCGGAUCGGCUUCGGUGAAGCUCCCUUCUAAGUUCCACUCGUCCCUCGAGAAGCGCAUGUCCGGCGUCCUCACCGGCAACGAGAAAUUGCCGGGGUUUAGCGAUGCCGCUGUCAAGCGGACCUUUGCCGAGGCAUACACGGCGUUUACCGCCAAGGACUUCCAAAAGUCCAUUGACAAGGACCGCAAGGUUGAACCUCUGGUCCUGAUCUUCUACUCGGCCGCCACCAAGGCGCAGGGGCGGGGAAAGCCGAUUGAGGACCACUCGUGGAGGGUGCUCGUGGACAGACACUUGGCCAUGUUCAUUCGCCUACUCAGCAGCAUCCUCCGCGAAAAGGGCGAUACCGAGCUCGUCACCCGUUUGAAUACACUGGAGAAGAAAUUGAUGAGCAACGAGCAGAGUUUGUAUCUGGACACGGGCCAGCAAGACCAUUCGUACGUCGAGGUAGACAUCCCGCUGAGUUACGAGGUCAAGGACAUGCACAUGGUUCAGCUUGUCGCCAAGAUCUUUGGCGUCACCAACUCUCAGGUUCAGACGGACAUCGAUCGGAACAUGUCUGCGUGGACGGAGGAAGCCGCCCUCAAGGACUACAAGUCGUACCAGUUCAGGUUGGCCGCCGGCAUGGCGGGCACCUUGCGGAAGCAGGAUUUUGAUGUGGACGACGCAUACGACGAGUGGAGGCGAGGAGAGGCUCCGAACUUGGCUAAGAUCUUUGCCGAGAUCUUGAUUGCUCGCCCGGAUCUGAAGGGAGGGAUCAGCGGGGGGUUAGACAAGCCGGCAUCUGCUCGUCAGUCGAUGUACGAGGAUCAGGCGUACGCGGAGCUGAGCAGGAUGCUUUCCGAGCCGGGAUCUCCUGCGACCAACCUCGAGCCCACCUACAACAUAGGGUCUGUUUCUCUGGAUGAUACCUCGAGCAUACGCAGUGUGGACGAGCCGAGCUACACUUUCAUUCCCUCCAAUCCCCGGUCCGUAUACAAAGUCAUUCUUCAGUACGUGGUGUCAUAUGACCAACUUCAAUCCGAUACGUCCCAGUCGCCGCUGUCCGAGGAGACAACAGAUUUUCUCGUGGAACUUGCGGUGCGAUGGAGGAUUCCGCAAUUCUCUCGAUACGUCGCCUUUAUCGAGGUCGCGACGCGCAAAUAUCUGGACCAGGAGCUUCCGCCCGAGCAGCUUUAUAAUUGUUUCGACCUUGUGAAAGAACCCCUCGAGGAGCCCAAGAAACCAAUAUUGAUACAAUCGUACACGUUGAGUCUCAAUGAUAUCAAUCCUAGUAGGUGGACUAUCGUUGACUUCGCGGGCUACCAGCAGUCUCUCAAGGACCUCCAUGACGCCUUGUUGCGAGAGCUGUACGCUCUCCUCAUGCGCUGCUACGAACCAAAGCCGCCAACCGUCGGUGUCGUCAUGGCCCUGCUCAAUAACCACGUCUACUCUGACCCUACCUUCACGCGGCGAGAAGACGAAGCCGCCGAGUUCGCGCAGCAGCUGGAUAACGGGCUGCGUCAGCAAGCUGCCCAAGUGUACCGGGAUUUCUUAGACAAGCAUAUCCCCCGCAGCCAGAAAGAAUGGGAUUUCAGCCAUGUGGUGAACCUGGGCAGGGACGUGGUGGAGCUUGCCGAGCGGAUUAAGAAACGGUAUCGCAAAAACCCCGAGAUCAUGGGUGCCAGCCCCUUCCGAGCGCUGGUGGAGACAGCACUCCCGAGCUUUGAAGAGGACUGCCACGAGAUUAUCAAGCGAGUGCUCCAGAUUUCCAAAGAGAGUGAGAUCGAAAUUGCGCUCCAGGAUGGCUUUGAUCUGUACAAAGAGCUUGUCGAGAUCCGCAAAAUACACGUGGAGGCGCUCCCGGAGAAGCCCUUUGCCUUCCACAUCGAGAAUUUACUGGACAGUUUUGUCUGGCGAUGGAUUCAGAAUGUGGACGACAAGAUGCCCGGGUUUGUCGAAGAGGCGAUCAAGCAGGACUCCUUCAAGGUGCGGACGCGGCAUGAGGGCGACAUUCCGACCGAUGAUGAGCGUCACAGUGUGUCUAUUAUCGACCUUUUUUCGCUAUUUAGCCAGACGGUGGAUCAACUCCUCCAACUUGAGUGGAAUGACGAGGUUCACCUCGCACGGUUUAUGACGGCACUCGCCAAGUCAUUUGCCAACGGUCUGGGCAUGUAUUGCGAGGUCGUGGACAAGCACUUCCUCAAGGAGAUGGAUCGGCGUAGCGAGCAAGAGAUUGCGGCGGCCCAGAAGACGACACAGGAGAAGUUUUUCCAGUAUGCGAAGGACGCUUGGAACUCCAAGGAUAAGAUCGAGCCGUUCCAGUUCUACCCUGAGUCGUUUGUCAAGUUCAACAACAUUGAAUGGGCCAUGCAGGGCCUCGACAGACUAGAAAAGCGCAUGAACGCGGACGCUUGCGCCGAGCUAUUGACUAAGGUCGACGGGCCUAAGAAGCCGGCGAAGCGCAAAUAUGUGUUCACAGUCAAGAUCGUGGAGGGCGAGGAGCUGAAGGCGUGCGACCCCAACGGGCUUAGUGACCCGUACGUGGUGCUGUGUGACGAGUACCAAAAGCGCCUGCACCGCACGCGGGUGAUUAACCGUAAUCUCAACCCGCGCUGGGACGAGUCGUUCGAGAUCUCGGUCGAAAGCCCGCUCAACCUGAUCGCUACGAUCUGGGACCACGAUAUGUUCGGUGACCACGACUUUGUUGGGCGCACAUCGUUGAAGCUCGAUCCCGUGCAUUUUGGUGAUUAUUUGCCCAGAGAGUUCUGGCUGGACCUGGACACACAGGGCCGGAUCUUGAUCAGGGUGAGCAUGGAGGGAGAACGGGAUGACAUUCAGUUCCAUUUUGGGAAGGCUUUCCGGCAUCUCAAGCGGACGGAGCGGGACAUGGUGCGCGCCGUCACGAGCAAGUUGUCGUUGCACAUCAACUCGUCGCUCUCUCGCGAAGCUCUGCGUGGCCUCCUGAACAAGGGCAUCACGGCAUCUAUGGCCAGCUUGUGGAAGAAGCGGCAGUCAAGCGCCCCCACAACCACCCCCCAAGAAAUCGAGGGCGCGUUGCAACCGCUGUUCACCUACUUCGACGAGAAUUUUGCCAUCAUGAAACAGACACUCACAGACGCCACCAUGAUGGCGGUCAUGACCCGUCUAUGGAAAGAAGUCCUUCUCGCCAUCGAGAACCUGCUGGUCCCCCCAUUGUCCGACAAGCCGUCUCCUCAAAAGCCUCUCACCCAGGCGGAGAGCGACGUCGUCUACAACUGGCUACAGCUCCUCUUUGCCUUCUUCAACGCGCGCGAUCACGCCUCUGGAGAGGUUCUCGGUGUCCCUGCCGAUGUCCUGAAGUCGCCUAAGUGGCACGAGCUGGCGUCGCUGAAUUUCUUCUACUUUGACACCUCGGAGAACCUCAUCCGCACGUCGGAGCGUAUGGCCGCAGCAAACGCGCAGCGCGCCCAGCAGCAGGCGCAGCAAGCGCAGCAGCAGUUACAAACCCACCACCAAAACCGGCUGUCGAUGUCAGGCUCCGCGGGGGGCUCCCCAGGAAGACUUGGAGGCGCUGGUGGCGGUGGGGGCAUGCUCGGCGUACCCUCCUUCGGCCACCCCUCAGGCGCUGGCAACGUGCCCUUCGGCAGCCUGGGCACGAUCCGCCGCGGUAAGAGCAUCAUGAUGAGCCGCAACCUGGGCACGAUGCGGAAGGCGAAAGAGGAGAAACGUAAGGAGGCCCAGGCCGACCCCAGCGACGAUAUGAUCUUGCGGAUUCUGCGCAUGCGGCCCGAGGCUGUCGGGUACCUGAAGGAAAGGCAGCGGCAGAAGGAGCGCAUGGCGGCUGCGCAGGCGGCGGCGAUGAUUGUGCGGCAGAGCGUCAGUCAGGGGCUGGCGGGAGGUGGGCCGGCGUUUGGGGGCGCGUUGUAUGGCCGGAACAAUAUUCCGAGAAGGUGA